AUGAGCUAUUACGGCAACUACUGCCAAGGCCUGGGCUACAGCUGUGGAGACUUUGGUGGCCUGGGCUAUGGCUAUGGCUGCAGAUGUGGCAGCUUCCGCAGGCUGGGCUAUGGCUGUGGUUAUGGAGGUUAUGGAUAUGGCUGCUACCGCCCAUCAUGCUAUGGAGGAUAUGGCUUUUCUGAUGGUUAUUUGAUGAGUUUUGGAGGCAUUUUUCUGAAACUUAAUUUUAACAUUCACAUGCUUAUCGGGGAAACUGGGUUCCUGGGAGGUUAUAGAUACAGCUGUUGCCACCCCUUGUGCUAUGAAAUAUAUCAAUUCUCUGGCUUCUAUUGA